AUGGAUGAUAUUUUGUUGGCUGGUUCUGAUGUAUCUGAAAUGACCAACCUCAAAUCCUUUCUUGAUCAUCAAUUCAAGAUUAAGGACUUGGGUUUGGUCCAUUAUUUCUUGGGACUAGAAAUUAGUUCUCAUGAUACUAGAUUUCUUAUUCAUCAACAUAAGUAUGCAUCGAACUUGUUGGCUGAGUUCAGUUGUUCUAACUACACCCCUGUAGCUUCUCCCCUGGAACCUUCAGUCAAGUUGGUUCCUGUUGUGAAUGAUAUUUUACCUGACCCAUCUAUUUUCAGGCGUCUAGUUGGGAAACUCAACUUCCUUCAACACACUAGACCUGAUAUAUAUUUUGCUGUUCAGCAUCUUAGCCAGUUCUUGCAGGCUCCUUGUGCUGCUCAUAUGAAGGAUGACAUUCAUAGGUUUGUUACUAGUUAUUACAUUGUUCUUGGUGGUUGUCCUAUCUCUUGGAAAAGUAAGAAGCAACCUACAAUUGCACUUUUCUCAGCUGAAACUGAAUAUCGUGCUUUGUGUAAAGUGGUUGCUGAGCCUAGCUGCCUAACAUAUUUCCAAGAAUCUGGUGUUCCAUGA